AUGAAGGCUGUCACCGUUCUCUCCCUCCUCGCGGCCGUGGCCCAGCCGCACCCCACCCAAGAGCGUGCUGCUGAGAAGGCCGUUCGUGCGCCUCACCCCGGCGCCGCCCACCAGCUCGACAAGGCCGGCGGCUUCUCCCGCUCCGCCGCCGAGAGGCAGAAGCCCAAGCGGGCUCCCCAGGGCUGGGGCUACGGUGGAGGCUACGGUGGCUGGUGGGGAAACCCCGGUGGUGAGCAGUCGGGUGCUCCCACCGCCACAUCUCCUGGUCGCGUCGCAGCUGCCAGCUCCACGUCUGCUGCCAGCACCACAUGGGAUCCUCCUUCGGACCUCGUCCAGGGCCUCACAGAGGUCUGGGACAAGUACACUACGGACAACACCGAGUUCAAGAACCUUGGCUAUGACCACAUCAUGGCCACCAAGGCCAAGAUCCAGUACUGCGUCCGCUGGGACGCGAGCAGCAGCACCAUCACCGCCGCUCAGCGCCAGAAGCUCGAGACGGUGCUGAGCACCCAGUACAACAAGUGGGUGUCCAAGGCCCUGGCCGGGUUCGACGGCUUCCCCUACGAGUCGGUGGACGUGUCCAUCUCCGGCUGGGCCACCAACAACACCGCCCUGCUCGAGGGCGACACGUCGGGCCUGAACAUUUACACCGACACGGCCGACGUCGACGGCAUUCCCGAGUGCGACCCGGCGUGCGGCCGCGCCAUGCACUACACGGACAACGACUUCAGCGGGUGCGCCAAGGGCGAGGCGGGCCGGUACGACGUCUCGCUGUGGCUGAGCCAGAGCAUGAACGGGCAGAUGGGCGGCUUCGGCGGCGACUGGGGCCAGCAGCUGCCCGUCGACUACAUGCUCGACAACCUCGACACGGAGAACAUCCACAUCCUCCUGCACGAGAUGGGCCACACGUACGGCCUGGACGACUUCUACGACUGGCAGCCCACGGGCCAGGACUCGUUCAUCAUGAUGGCUGGCUCAGCCACCGAGAUAACGGAUUUCGAUGCAUGGAUGGCGCGUGACUGGUGGAGGCACAUCAAGAGCAGGUACAGCCUGUAA